UUUUUCCGGCCAUAUUCAGUGCUGGUAGUGCAUCCCGUCUGUAAAAAAGUUGCUCACACUCUCUUAUUUGGGAGUUCGAGUAUCUUUUUUAUAUUCCGACGACGAAAUGUAGUUUCGUGACUCAGUAUCCGCAAAAAAUUUCUCCAAUCAGUCAAUCAAAAGAGCUAUCGCUAGAGCGCGAUAAGCUGUUAUCAGCGCACGGUCUGAAGAAUAUUUAACGUAGUCGAAUUUUCUGAAUAUUUGGCGAGAGUUGGAAUAACAUCUUGUUUCGCGGGUGCAUCUACUUAGAAAACAGAUUCAACAUAUGGAAUAAUAGGGAGAGAAAGUUGUGGUGUUUUAAACAGUUUUUGCAAUUAAUACCAAUGGUUGUGAAUGACUCCUAAAAUUGAGUUAAUUAGACGCGAUAAAUUGUUUGCAUCUUCCACGUGUGUGUAAUCUAUCUUUGGAAUUAAGGUUUUUGUUUAGAACUACUGACCUGAUUGAUAUCAAUUGACGCUUUUCUUCCAAUUUCCAUUAUCCCCUUUGGACUGUAUUUAGUCGUCGCUGAUAUCGUGUGCGGCCAUGAGAAUAUAGCAAAACUCUAGGUGAAAUGUGAAAUGCGAAGCUAGACAAGUGCACCUUUCUUAUCAGUCAUAAGUUCCAGAAUCCGCAUAUUAUGCAUGAUGCAAGCAGAUUUACGCUUUAAAUAAAAAUAUGAUUACAUCCUAUUAUAAAAACAAAUUGCGUUUUUGUUUAUGCAGAAAAUUGCAUAUGAUAUCUUUAUUCUAAAACGAUGACGUCAAAAACAAGUACACCCACAGCAAGUCGACGUAAUCUUUUUUUGCAUGAUAAUGACGACAGUGGCGGCGGAGUAGCGGCAACUCAAUCGCGUAUCCCUUUGCCAUCUCCCGGUCCUUUUCGACGUUCCGUCUCAUUGAGAUUGCGUGGAAGCCAGAACGGACUAAACAAUACCAACACCACCCCUAUUAGUGGGGUGAAAACAACAACAACAUCAUCAACGAACGCUCUCAAUUGUUCCUCUCAGUUUUCAAGAAGUGAGGGCCUUGAUGCGAACAAGAAGGACAUUUGGAAAAGUGGCAGUCAACUUGCUUCGUAUGGUUUAUCAACGAGCGCCGGCCUCAGUCCUAGACGCGACCUGAGUAGUUCUCGUUCUUUAACAGUAAUCACGGCCGAUUCAAGUAGUGUUAGUUUACCAAAGGAUCCUCUUAAUGGGGACUCCGCGGGAAAUAGUGAUAAUAGUAGUAAAUCAGGCUCGAAGAGUGGAAGCGAUGCAGUGGAUUCAGGAGCCGGAAGCAGGAUUUCAAUAGUGAAACGGGAAUCACAUGGAAUGUCUUUGAGCCUCAACGGGACGGUAACGACCGCAACAGCAUUUCCUUCAACGACAUUGUCAACAACUCAAGCCUCGCCAAACUCAACAAUUCGUACGCCUAGAAUACCAAAUUACAGUAGUAACCCUGUAGCUAAUAAAUUAACACCCAAAACACCGCCAGUUACUCCAGAUUCGCCGCAUAUAUAUUUAGAUGACGAUUUAGAUUCACUAUUCAGUUAUAGUUCGGUGACGUCAGGACGAUCGACAAUGUCCUGCGAGCAUCCGUAUGUGGCUCGGAAUGGCACCACAUUCAGUGGUCGUAAAAUGAAAUAUGUUGUUCAUUGUUCAUCCUAUGCUGGACAAGUUGGAGAAGAUUACCUAACGCCAACACAACGAGCUCAACGUCAACUACGACGUCUGAAAGAACUUCUCACACAAGCUCGUCAUGAUCUCGAACGAAAGGAUAACGAAAUACUUCGACUAACUCGGGAAGUUGUAGAAUUGCGUCUAUUCAAAGCAUCACUAAGUUCACCGGAAGACCGUUCAAAUUCAAGUGAUGCUGUGACUGUUCGCGAAGCAACAACAGAACUGAAAACAUCACAGGAUGUUUCUCCGAUAGUCGACAUGAUAGACGAAGGAAUGAAAGCGAGUCCACGACAUGUCCUCCACCAGCAUGGUAUUCAUCAAGUCCAAUUUAUGGAUAAAAUUUCUAACUCCGAGAUGCAAAGUUCCUUUGCUGACUCUGGGCAUUUCGAGGAUCUCACAACAUCGUCCGUUCAUUCAAAAGACUCAUUCGUUCAGACACAUGAUCGUGCUUGCGGUAGUGAUACUCAGUCAACCACCAGUGAUGAUCAGCAGCGUCAGGAGCUGAUUCAACUCUAUGAGAAACGAAUCGAAGAUUUGAUUCGCAUGCAUGAUGCAUCCACUAGUGAACUGAAGCGAUCACACAAUGAUAAAGUUGAGGCUCUGUUGCAAAAGCUGGCGGAAUGCAACACAAGAUACGCAGAUAUUGUGCCUGACUAUGAACAAGCUAAAGAGCGAAUCCGUGAAUUGGAGAAGCAACUGGAGGAUCUACAGAGGCGUCUUCAAGAGCACGAGGAGAAGCAGAAGAAGAUGUAUCUUCACAUGUACACAAAAGGACAAGAAGCAGAGAGAAUGGCUCAUGCCGAACAAGUUCUGGAAUUUGCACAUCGGGCACCAAGCCGAGUUUCGGUGCCAGAACUAUUACAGCAACUGCAAAACACACAGGAUGAAUUGGAAAAUAUCAGGGCAUCGAAUUGUAGAUCAGAAAGUGGCAGCUCUCUUCUAACCGCAAAAGAAGCAAUUUCAUUGUGGGUACUUGGCGCAAGGAAGACCAUUUAUCGCCGACUGAUGGAGGCACAACAGAAUAAAACCCGUGUCGAUCCAGAAGUUACGUUGCAGUUUCUGAAAAGCGCUAUUUACUAUUUCUUAACGGAUAAAGAGAAUUCGCAAGGUCACUUAAAUGCAAUCGAAAGCAUCCUAGAAUUUUCCGAACAGGAAAAAUAUAAUAUCAGCAAAGCACGACAAGCUAAAUAGACACAUAUAGAUGGUAGUAGGAAGAUGGAAGCGUAGGCAAGUCUCUUGUGAAAAUGUUAAGACUGUUCACUAAAAAGAAUAGAUAUGAAAAAAGAAAAUCCGCAAAGAGGUAGUAUCGUUAUGAAAGUAUUGAUAAGGAUAUAUACAAGAAGAGCUUAAACAGAAUGAUAGAAUGACACUGAAUGCAAGAAACUAAUUAAUUUGAUUAAUCGCGAUGAGUUAAUUAAUUAAUUAGUUCUCAUUGAUAUUAUAUUUUUCAAUUGAUUUGCUUUACUUUUAGAUCCAAUGAUAAUCGGCUUAGUUGCUUUUUUGCCUUUUGAGUACGAUGCUUUUGAGUCUUUUGCGGUUGAUUUAGAAAACUUGGGUUAUAGGCGUAAAUGUGUGGAUAGAUACAGAACACCUAAUCAAAGAGAUAUGCAUGCAUUGUUUUUUAAUUUUAGUGAUUAUUUUAAAGGAAAUCAUCUGCUUUCCGCAUAUUUUAUAAAAUACAACUUCGGAUGUAUAUGAAAAACUGUAUGAUAUUGUGAUAAAGGAAGACGAUGUAAAGAUAUUGUUUUGUUGUAUUCCAUUAUAUUUUAUUUUAGAACCAAC